AUUUGGAAGGAAUCAGACCGAAUCGACCUGAAAAUUAGUAAAACCCGAAUGGAAUAAGCAUAUUCCCAAAAUUUUGAAAAUCCAAAUGAAGAAUAUAGUGAGACUUUUAUGCAAGUUCAAAAGUGAAGGUUUAAUGGGCCUGGAUCCGUAAAAUUAGCAUAUAAAUGGGAAGUUGUUUGAAUGAUUUAGGGUUUAUAAACCCAUUCGCUGUUGAUCGUCACCUUCAUAGAGAAACAUGGGCACCAAGAGAGUUAUGAGAUCUAGAAAGAAGAUUACUCCUCCUGUCUCCCACAAACCUUUCAUUGCGGAAACUUUCGUGACUCCUUGUGGAAUUAAGACAAAGGUAUGGAGGCUUCCCGAAUCUGCCUUGAACGGACCGGUCAUGGACUCUGCCUUGGACGAAGAUAGUGAUGAGUCUGAUGGGUACCUACAUAGGGAACUCGGUUGUGGUUGUAAUCCGCAUGAGCCUGUUCUCUCUAACUCUAGCGUACCUCAUAUCAAGAACAGAAUUAAGGUUUCCCUGGGUUACACCCGACGUUGCAAGCUCAACGUCCUUAGGAGGAGGAGGAGGAGGCAGAGAUUGGCGCACAAGCUUAUCAAGAACCGUGCUCCUUCUGUCCCUAGUUCUAACUUCAUCCAGGAAACUUUCGUGACUCCUUGUGGAGUUAAGAUGAAGGUAUGGAGGCUUCCCGAAUCUGCCUUGAACGGACCGGUCAUGGACUCUGCCUUGAACGAAGAGGACGAGGAUGAAUCUCCUGAUGAGUCUGAUGGAAUCCUCAUGGAGAGACUCGGCAUUGGGACUCAGCGCUCCAACCCUGCAAUCGGUGAUGACGCUGGAGCUGUUCCUUCUAUGGAGCAGAAGGAACUUCUGUUUCGUUCGAUAGCAACUCUCCUGUCGAAGAAUGGUCUUUCUGAAUCUGCCGAUGUGCCCCAUUCGAUUGGUUCAAAAUAAUUGGGUCAAGCCCGGCUCUGUCGGUAAUACAUAUUAAUUAAUUUUAGGUUAAGAUUUUUUUUUUUUUUUUGAGAGAAAACAAAACUUUCAUAAUGCAUUUUGGAGAAUGUCGGGUGUUACAAGCAACUUAAUAUAUAUCGUAUAUAUAUAUAUAUAUAGUAUUUUAUCGUU